AAGACUGGGUCGAGGGUGAAGGCGUAGAUCUUGUUCUUUGAUCCAGCUUUCUUUUGACUGAAAACUUCAAAACUCACCUUCAAAACAUAAUAAAAACAACCUAAAAGGCGAUCAAAAUGGGGAAUUGCUAUACAGUAGGACCUAAUGAAGCCCUCGUCGUAUCUGAUCGAGAAGCUUUUGCUGCUCUGGUCAGAGAAGUUGCAUCGCCAGAUGUGGGCAGAAUGGGCAUUGAGGUUCUAUCCUUCACUAUCAAAGACAUUGUUGACCAAGUGCAGUAUCUUGACUCUCUGGGGAAAACACAGACAGCUAAAGUAAAGAGAGAUGCAGACAUUGGUGUUGCUGAAGCCAACAGAGAUGCAGGAAUCAGGGAAGCAGAAUGCCAGAAACAGAAGAUGGAUGUUGUCUACCAAACUCAAACCAACAUUGCCGAUUCCUCAAAAGAUUUCCAGAUGCAAAAAGCAGCUUUUGACCAAGAAGUAAACACAAGGAAAGCAGAAGCUGAGCUUUCUUAUGAACUACAGGCUGCUAAGGAGAAGCAGAAGAUCAGGUCAGAAGAAAUCCAGAUUGAAGUUGUAGACAGAAGAAAACAGAUUGAAGUAGAGGAAAAAGAGAUUCAACGUAAAGAGAAAGAGUUGAUUGCUACUGUCAAAAGACCUGCAGAGGCUGAGAGCUUCAGGGUUGAAACGCUAGCUCAGGGACAAAGAACACAGACUGUCCUUACUGCGCAAGCUGAUGCUGAGAGGAUUAAGAUGGUUGGAGCAUCCGAGGCAGCAGCUAUUGAAGCCAUUGGUAAAGCAGAAGCAGAGCGUAUGAGGCAGAAGGCAGCUGCAUACAAGAUGUAUGGUGAUGCCGCUAUGACUGCUCUAAUUCUGGAAUCUUUGCCGAAGAUUGCUGCUGAAGUUUCUGCACCCUUGUCGAAGAUUGAAGAUGUUGUUAUCAUUAAUGAUGAUGGUAACAGUGUGACUGGUGAGGUCUCUAAGCUGAUUGGACAGCUUCCUCCUUCAGUACAAGCCCUGACUGGUAUUGACUUGUCUGGAGUUCUCAAGCAAAUCCCUGGAGCAAGGGUUGCAUAAGUGAAACACUUGCAAAAAUGAAAUGAAAACCAACAUUUUUCUUAUAAAAUAUCAUUGUAAGCCCUUCUUUAAGUUUAUUCUUGUCAAAUUUAUAUCAUUACUCAUUUGUACAACGAGUUGUAUUCAUAAAUUAUCAUCAAUGUCUUCCAUACACGUUUGGUCACACAGCAGUAUGGCCAAAGUAAUACUCUAACUAGCUUCUCUGUCUUACCAGAGGUUUUUAGGUUUAAUUUACACGUUACCAUAUGGUAACGUGUAAAAUUGUUAUUUUUUCUUCAUUUUUUGUUUAAAAGUUUUGAUGUUUUUUCUUAUACAUUUUUGUUUUUUUGGGGUUUUUUUUUAUUACUUUGACUAUAACCUCUUUCAUUCAUGGCUGUGUUAAUUAACAUCAUGUUAACUUAAAGUAUGAUCCUUAAAAGUUAUUUAGCUGCACGUUUUUAAAAAUUCUAUUAUAUUUGUGGACCUGGCUGUAUAGAGUGGGUAGUACUAUCCGAUGGAUAAAUUUAUUGUUUUAAAGCAUUAGACUUAUCCACUGAAUAAGUCGAAUUUAUCCAUUGGAUAGCUCAGGCCCACAAGUAAAAAAUAAUUCACAACAUCUCUUUUGAUUUAAAUUUUAAAUAUUUAUGCACUUGGAAUAUGUUAUGCAAUUUGUAGUCUAUAAUCCAAUAUACAACACAGUUUGUGUACGAUCAACAGUCGUUGCCAUGCUUGAUUACUUAGUAGAUUUUUGGUGUUGUCCAAAACCUAAAAUGGCAGCUUUUGAGUGUUUGUACAGGAUUCUGUACUAGUUUUACCAUAGUUUACAAGAAUGUGUCUUAUUUACAGCUGUUGUCAUUAGCUGUCAUCUAAUUCGUUCUAUACAAUAGGAAUAUUCCUCCAUAUGGAGGAGUAAUAGGCACUGUAAAUCUCUUGAUAAAUCUACACACAUUCAGCUUGUCUAGUUGAUGCUUUAUAUCAUAAUAUGCAUCAGCUUAUCUAGUUAUUUCCUCUCUAUUUUUCUCCAAGAAAGUCUUUACCCUGGGCCCAGUUGAUCAAAGCCCGAUUAGUGCUAAUCGUGGGUUAACUCUUAAUAAGACCUAUAGAGUUAAUCCUGGAUUAGCGCUAAUCCAGCUUUGAACAACCCGGCCCUGUAAAUGAGUUUGUUUUAGGGAUUUUAUAUGGAGAGUAGAUCUUACCUAAGCUGAAUUUGUUAUAUGUAUAUUGAGUAAUUGCUUAAAAAAAUGAAGUUACCAAAAAAAAUAAUACCAUGCUUUAAUGUAACAAGUGGUUUUAAAUUCCACUAUUGUUCUACCAUGGAACCAUGAGUAUUAGAAAUCCUCAGUGCUCCCUGUGGACCAGAUGACUGAGAGGCACUGGAACCCACCAGGUGUUGUUCUCAUUUGAGACAAUAAUCUUAAGUGAGAAAUCUAGGUAAUAUUCAUUAGUAUGUAGUAUCCACUUGAUUAGGUGUGUAAAUCAUAAGCCUAUUUCUAUUCAAUUUAUGUACCAAUAAAAUAUGAAAACUAA